AGCCACCAGGAAGGGUGCUGCUGGUGGCAGUAGAAAGCGGCCCCGGCACAGCACCCAGGAGCUGCCCCUUGAGUGGCGUUGGUGGUGAGAAUGGAGCUGUGGAAGCAAUGCGCCCGCUGGCUUAUCCAGUGCCGGGUGCUGCCCCCCAACCACAGAGUGACCUGGGAGGGUGCCCAGGUCUGCGACUUGGCCCAAGCCUUGCGCGAUGGCGUCCUGCUCUGCCAGCUCCUCAACAACCUCACGGCUCAUGCCGUCAACUUGCGGGAGAUCAACUUGCGCCCCCAAAUGUCCCAGUUCCUGUGCCUCAAGAACAUCCGAACCUUCCUCGCUGCAUGCUGUGAGAAGUUUGGUCUGCGCAAGAGCGACUUGUUCGAGGUCUUCGACUUGUUCGAUGUCAGGGAUUUUGCAAAGGUGAUUGACACCUUAUCAAUACUUUCGUGGACGCAGGUUGCUCAGAACAAAGGGUUUGUGCCGUUCCCUACAGAGGACAGCAUCGCUGAUGAUGAUAUAUACAGUGGCUUAUCGGAUCAGAUUGAUGACACCAUGGAGGAAGAUGAUGACCUCUAUGAUUGUGUGGAAAAUGAGGAGGCAGAAGGAGAUGACAUCUACGAGGAUCUGAUGAGGUCAGAGCCAAGUGGCAUCCCGCAGCGGAUGACUGAACUGGACAAGAGGAAAUGUUGCCUUCAGGAGAUCCAACAGACAGAGGAGAAAUACACAAGCACACUAGAAUCUAUCCACCAGCAUUUCAUGAAACCUCUGCAGCUGUUUCUGCAACCACAGGACCUGGAGAAUAUUUUUAUUAACAUUGAGGAACUUUUGAAAGUUCAUCGGGGCUUUCUGGUAGAGCUGAAGAGCGCCCUAUCUUUUAGUAACUCUCAGAACCUCUACCAGGUGUUCAUCAAGUACAAGGAGAGGUUCUUGCUCUAUGGUCGGUACUGCAGCCAGGUGGAAUCCGCCACAAAGCACUUAGACCAGGUGGCCAAUACCAGUGUGGAUGUACGCAUGAAACUAGAGGAAUGCUCGCAACGAGCCAAUAAUGGCCGGUUCAGCCUGCGAGACCUCCUCAUGGUACCCAUGCAACGGGUACUGAAAUAUCAUCUGCUUCUGCAGGAGCUGACCAAAUACACAGUGGACCCAACAGAAAAGGAGAAUUUGCGGCUUGCACUAGAUGCUAUGCGGGAUCUGGCUCAAUGUGUGAAUGAAGUCAAGAGGGACAAUGAAACACUGAAACAAAUCACUAAUUUCCAGCUCUCCAUUGAGAACUUGACACAAUCCCUGGCUCACUUUGGGAGGCCGAAGAUUGACGGGGAGCUCAAGAUCAUCAGCGGGGAGAAGCGCUCAAAAAUAGACAGGUAUGCUUUCCUCCUGGACAAAGCCCUGCUAAUCUGCAAGCGGAAAGGAGAUUCAUAUGAUAUGAAGAAAUUUGUUGACCUGUCCAGCUACCAGAUCCGAGAUGAUUCUUCUGUAGAGAAAGACAACAAGAAGUGGACUCACAUGUUUGUCCUAAUCGAGCUUAAUGGUUCCUCGGGCUACGAACUAUACUUUAAGACGCGGGAGCUGAAGAAGAAAUGGAUGGAACAAUUUGAAAUGGCCCUCUCCAAUAUCUACCCUGAAAAUGCUACAGCAAAUAGACACGAGUUCCAGAUGUACUCCUUUGAGGAUACCACCUCCUGCAAAGCCUGCCAGAUGCUACUGAGAGGAACCUUCUAUCAGGGCUAUCGCUGUAGCAGAUGUCGGGCACCUGCUCACAAGGAAUGUCUGGGGCGGGUGUCACCAUGUGGAAAGUCCAGCUCAGGUAAAGAAUCUGGAUCUACCAUGAAAAAGAAUAAAUCCAAUCGACAUACACUGGAGAGCAAUAAAGCUGAUCUAGGGCUGCCCAAAUUGGAGGUCUGCCAGGAGUAUUAUGGCAUUCCUCCACCUCCUGUGGCAUUUGGUCCACCACUGAAGCUCAACGUGGGGGAUAUUGUGGAGCUAAACAGAGCUGAGGCCGAGCAGCUGUGGUGGCAGGGAAGGAACACAUCCAGCAAUGACAUUGGCUGGUUUCCUUGCAAGAAAGUGAAGCCUUAUGUCUGUAUUCCUCCUCCAGAUCUGUCAGUCUUUCAUUGGUAUGCAGGGCCCAUGGAGCGGGCAGAAGCAGAACAGACCCUUGCCAGUCGUUUGGAUGGGACUUUCCUGGUGCGGCAGAGAAUCAAGGAUGCAACUGAAUUUGCCAUCAGCAUCAAGUUCAACGCCGAAGUCAAGCACAUCAAAAUACAGACCAAGGAGGGUUUGUAUCGCAUCACAGAGAAGAAGGCCUUCAAAGGACUUAUAGAGCUGGUGCAGUUUUACCAAGAGAACUCCCUGAAGGAUUGCUUCAAGACCCUUGAUACCGUGCUACAGUUCUCCUUCAAAGAGCCUGGGAACAGAACAGUGCCCAGGGCCUCUGGCAAAAGCUGCAAGUACUUUGGUUCAGCUAAGGCUCGCUACAACUUCUGUGCAAGAGACCGGACAGAACUGUCCCUCACAGAGGGAGACAUCAUAAAGAUUCUCAACAAGAAAGGGCAGCCAGGAUGGUGGAAGGGAGAGGUCUAUGGCCGGGUUGGCUGGUUCCCAGCAAACUAUGUGGAGGAAGAUUAUUCAGAGUAUUGCUGAUGGCACACCCAAUUGGGUGUGUUGAAGGAGUCUUUUGCAGCACAUCCUGGGACAACCACAGAAUCAUUUUCCUGUAGCCAUUGCUGUGCAAAAAAAACUAUUAUUUAUGAACUCUCUUUAAUUCCCCUCACAUUGGUUUCUGACCUUCACUGUGUGUUCUUAAUGUCAAAUAACCUGGGUUGAGAACCUGGUUGUAACUGCCAAAGAGCAAACCUCAUCAUCAAAAUCAUGUGUGUGAAAAAAUAAAACUACAACAUGAAAAGCUACUUUUUUAAAUGCCACAAUUGCUCAUAGCCACAAAGAUUUGU